AUGGUUCAAUGGCUCCGGCCAAGUGAUGAAGAGCUCGUUAAGCGGUACAGUCCGGAACUGAAGAAGCGCAGCCAGGAGCAGGGAACUGCCAAGGAGCAGGAAUUCGACGACUAUGUUACCAAGCUGAAGGAGUGGUCCAAAUCAGAUAAGUCCAUCUGGUUCGCCGCGAAAGAAGAGGCGGACGCCAAGCAAGCAAUCAUAGAUGCGCAGCGCCGUCGCGCCAAAGAGGAGACUCGGGUACAGCGGGAGGAGAUGCGGAAGGAGUUGCUGGGCGAGAAAUGA